GAUCGUUACUUGUGUGUAUUACCAUAAUGGAUUAAGUGGGAUAGAGAAUUCAAAUUAAAAUAGGCUGUUUCUGCUAGUGAAGUCCGAAAUUUUACAUCGGACUCAACAUGGAACUAAAUAAGAUAUGGACAGUGUUUCUUAUGAUGGGUGCAUUCACUCUAGGUUGGUUUUUAUAUGGUAUUGGAAGGGAGACUAACAUUAAUAUUUCACACCAUGGCCAGACCAUAUUGAAUGCUGGAAUUCGAAUAUUUAAAGGGAACACUAAUACUGUGUCAGUGAAAUUAAAUGGAAGUACGAGUGUCCCAGACAAAAAAUUGAAGUUGGGAAUUUUAAACGUGCACAAUAAUAGAAAUCUAUUGAAAGAAAGAAGAAAUAAUGCUAUCUCAGAAAAACAGGUCACGAGAAAACAUGCGUUCCACUUUCAACAAACAUCUAAAUUAAUAAAGGUUUUACCAACAGUUGAACCUUCAUCUGUUCGACUGUAUACUAGAAAUGCAAAACAAUGGACUAGAGACGAGAAAACCUGCAAAAGUUACCCGAAGUUCAUGCAGGCAACAUUAAGAACAUCGGCGGGGGCUCUUCCAAUUUUCAUUCAUAACCCCAAGGAUGACAUUCAUGUCAGCAACAGUGUUCUUAAAUAUGGCUCCUGGGAAGGGGGGUAUAUUGACCUGAUUCUGACCUUUCUAAGACAGGAUCCAAAGUUACAAUUCUUAGAUCUCGGUGCCAAUAUCGGGGUAUAUUCAAUGGCCGUUGCAAAAUUCGGAAGAAAAGUGGUUGCUGUUGACGCACUGGCAAUAAAUAUCCAAAGAUUAUGUGCUACUGUAAAACUUAACAAUUUUACAAACAACGUUCAGUUGAUAUAUAAUGCGCUUUCAGAUGUUCACGAAACAGUUUCCCUAGGAGCAGACAGAGGAAACAUCGGAGGAACCUUUGUAGCAAAAGAUAAAAAUCCAAACAAAGUCAGAGGAAGUCGAGUUUCAGGUAACUAUGGAAACGUACAGACAGCGACUCUUGACGACAUACUCAAACUUCCGGAUUUUAAUCUGGAGAAAGUGAUAAUAAAAAUGGAUGUUGAGGGUUAUGAAAAUAGGGUAUUCAGAGGAGGUGAAAACUUUUUCAAUAAAGUUAACGUGAGAGCAGUGUUAAUGGAAUGGAUGUGGCUUAAAACUGGCCCGGCUGGACAGGAAAUAAUAGACUUUUUGACUCGUCAUGGGUUUCAACCAACAAGGCCGUCCUUAGCUACACAACUUCUACCUCUUACCAAUAGACUUUCUUGGCCAAAUGAUGUUUUAUGGAGGAGAAAACAAUAGUAUCAAAAAGUCUGUUUGAAUUAUUAUU